CACGUUUGUCGCCUCGCACCCCUAGCCAAGUACAGUACUCGAGUGUACCGCACCGCUUGCCCUGUCUGCUUCCGCCCGUGGAUGCGCCUCGCCGCCGGACAUGGCCUCCGCCGUCGCUAGCAACAUGCCCGCGGCACCCGCCGCCACCGGUGCCAUGUCGUUCGGCUGGCUCGGCCCGCGACUGUCCUUCGGCGGCCUCGACGCCGCGGUGGACGAGCCCGCCGCGCUGUCGUCGUCGGCACUGGCGUCUGCGGAGCCGGCGAUAACGAAGGACUUCAUCGACUUCGAGUUCAGCCUCGGAGGGUCGGCGACAAUGCUGCCGGCCGACGAGCUGUUCGCCGACGGGAAGCUGCUCCCGCUCCGGCCGCAAGCUGCUGCGGAGAAGGCGACGGAGCCGGAGCGCGGGCGGCGGGACACGGCGCUGGUGCCUGAGAUCCCGCCUACGCCGGAGCGGGUGAAGGCUCUGCACACUGCAGCGACCGAGGCGGCCCUCGACCCGUACGUGUUCUCGCCCAAGGCACCGACGUGCUCCAGCCGGUGGAGGGAGCUGCUCCGGCUCAGGAAGGUCCAGACGCCGCAGAAACCGACGCCAUCGCCCGCGGCUUCUCCGUCGCCGUCCCCCGCGGCAACGGCGGCGACUCCGUCGAGAACCAACUCUUCGGCAGCCAGGUCGCUGAAGCUCCUGCUCCUCCAACGGAACGGAGGCCGCGCGUCGGCCGCCGCCGCAUCGGACCUCUCCGCGGCGCCGCUCCUCCGCGACAGCUCCGACUCGGAGGCGUCCCUGUCCCUCGCCUCCUCCCGCUUCUCUCUCUCGUCGUCGUCCUCGUCAUCUGGCCACGAGCACGACGAUCUCCCCCGCUACUCCCUCGACUCCGUCGACCCCACCCCGAGGCCGCGCAUCCGCCUCGUCCGGUCACAUCUGCAACAGCAGCCGCACCCUUCUGCGCCGGCCACAGCCCCAGCCUCCGCCGCCGCCUCCGCUCCCGCCCGCGCCGGCCACAGCCCCGCACGCCGCCGCCUCUCGACGCCCCCUCCACCGCCGAGUGUGGUCUCCGUGGACUCCCCGCGCAUGAACGCCUCCGGCAAGAUCGUGUUCCAGGGCCUGGAGCGCAGCUCCAGCUCCCCGGCGGGUAGCGUCCACUCCAUGAGGUCGCGCUCCCGCGUCAUGGACCGGUCCUACUCCGCCGGCGUCCGCGCCACGCCCGUCGUGCUCAACGUUCCCGUCUGCUCUCGGCCGGUGUUCGGGUUCUUCAAGGAUAAGAAGGAAGCUGCGGCAAAGGACGCAGCUGCCGCCGCGCGGCUGCGCUCGGCGCUCGGCAGGAGGACUGGUGUAGUGAGCUGCAGAGAUCUUGUUAAUGGCAAUGGUAAAUGACAUCGUUUUGACUAAGCUAGUAGUAUUACUUGGUGGUAAACUUAGCUAGUAAUUUCAGUCGCAAAAAGAAAAACAAACAAAAAAGAGUGUGAAGUUUGUAGUGAAGAGAGAUUAGUUUGAGAUCCGGAGAAGAGAAACAAUUGGGAGGAUAGUUUGGUGAGCUGAUUUUGCUUUGUGAGGCUAGAGUUUUCUGAGCAAUUGAUCAACACCCGUCCGUUUUGCUCGUGUAAAUUUUGCCCCAUGUUUUUGCUGCCCUUCCAGUUUGAUCACUAAUGUCGCUUAGCACAUUUGAUCUCAUGCUCUGAACUCCAAAGUGAAAAAAAGGAAAAACUUUUGUGCAUGUCUUGGUUUGUCUUGCAGUGCCAGAUGCCCUGUACUCUG